AUGGGUUUCGACCAGAAGGCGCUCCUAGCCGAGCUCGACAAGCGUUUUGUCGCCCAGGAGAAGCGCUUCGAUGGCCUGGAGCGGAAGCUGGAUUCCACCGCGGCGUCGUCUUCCACCCGUUUGGAUGCCUUGGAGUCUGUAGCCAAGGUGUUCGACGAAUGGCGCCCUAGAGUUGACGGCGUCAUUGAUGGCCUUUGCAUCGAGGUCAACAAGCUCGCAACCCUGAAGCUCAAAGUUGGGAAGAUCUCCAAGUACAUGGAACGCUCAAUGGUGGACGACCCGUCAGUGACUCUCGGGGUGUUCAUGACCACGCCCGCCAGCAAGUCGGCGUCGGCUCCUAGCGUCACCAAGCACGUCAAUCCAUGA